GCCCCGGUGAUCUCGCCAAGUGCAAAAGGUCCAAUCAAGGUCCAGUUACCAAAGUCCCUGAAACUGGAAGACGUGAUACAGGAGAACCCUAAUGUGACCCAAGGAGGCCGCUACGAGCCCCCCGACUGUAUCUCCAAAAAAAAAAAAAAAACCGCCAUCAUCAUCCCUUACCGGAACAGAGAGGAGCACCUUAAAUAUCUCUUGUACAACCUACAUCCGUUCCUGCAGCGCCAACAUCUGAACUACGGCAUCUACAUCAUCCACCAGGCGGGCAGUUUCACCUUUAACCGCGCUAAACUCAUGAAUGUUGGCUUCAAAGAAGCCAUGAAGGACGAGGACUGGGACUGCUUGUUCUUCCAUGACGUGGACCUCAUCCCCGAAGAUGACCGCAACCUGUACACCUGCGACAAGUUUCCCAAACAUGCUUCUGUGGCCAUGGACAAGUUUAAUUACAGUCUGCCCUACAAGGACUACUUUGGGGGUGUCUCUGCCUUGACCCCUGAGCAGUAUGAACAAUUGAACGGAUUAUCAAACAAUUACUGGGGCUGGGGCGGUGAAGACGACGACUUUUCGGCUCGAAUUCAUUUCAGAGGCAUGAAUAUAUCUCGGCCGUCGGCCCUUGUGGGAAGGUAUAAAAUGAUCCAACAUUCUCGAGACAAAGGGAACAUGAUAAACCCGCAGCGGUACUACCUUUUGAGGAAGGCGUGGGGGACUUGGAGACAAGACGGCCUAAAUUCCCUCAAAUAUAAACUGCUGUCCAAGGAGCUUCUCCCACUUUACACCAACAUCACGGUGGACAUUGGAACAAAUAGACGCGCUCCGUUAUGA